AGAGCGGGUCCGCGGGUCGAGGUGUCAGCAGCCGCCGCAGCGACGGCCACGCUCCGUCGAUGCACGCUCGCUUGCGCCUCUCUCACACCCACACCCUCAACGCAGCCGCAGCCACGCCAUGUCCUCGUCGCUGCCGCGCAACCCGCGCAUGCCCGUGCCCGAGGGCGAGACCGGCGUCAACAUCUUCGGCUACACGCCGUCGCUGGCGCAUGGCGUCAUUGCUCUCGUCAUCUUCCUCCUCUGGGGCGUCUUUGCGCAGACCUUCCAUGCCGUGCGCGCGAAGGGCGUCAAGGGCGGCCGUGCCUUCGCUGUGCUCUUCGUGCUCGGCUCAGCCAUGGAGUGCGUAGGCUAUGGCAUGCGCAUCGCGGCGAGCCGCAAUCCGUUUGUGCUCGUCUACUUCAUCGUGCAGUACUUCAUGAUCGUCGUCGCCCCGGUCUUCUACACCGCCGGCAUCUAUCUCGUGCUCGCGAGCGUAGUCCGGGCCUCUCCAGCGUUCGCCUCAGCCUCGCUCCUGCGUCCUCGCGCACUGCUGGCCAUCUUCAUCGUCGCCGACGUGCUCACGACGGCGCUGCAAGUCGCUGGCGCCGCGCUCAUCGGCGUCGCCGAGAGCCAGCGCGCAGACGGCAAGGUGCCGCCGCUGACGCCGGAGCAGGCGAAUCGCAUCUUGCUCGCUGGUCUCUGUGUGCAGAGCUUCUCCUUCCUCAUCUACCUGAUCCUCCUCUUCGUCUUCCUCGCGCGCGUCUACUCUCGCUCCGGGCCUCGUCCCGACAGCCUACUCAUGGGCACUCUGCUCCUCACCUCGCUGCUCAUCUUCCUGCGCACGCUCUUCCGACUCGCCGAGUCCGCACCGGGCCCCACCUCGGGCAUCUCAAGCAGCCAGGCCCUCUUCGCGCUGCUCGAGUCGCUGCCCGUCAUGCUGGCCAUCGUGGCGUGGGCCUCGGUGCCCGUGCACGCGCGUCUGACGCGGCAGCGACAGCGCCUGGAGGGACAGGAGAAGAUGGGCGAGAUGUCGCACUGAGACAGACCGUCUCGUCACGCGAGAGCAACAAUAGAUGGAAUGCAUUGCC